GCAUUUGCACAUGCUGAGCAGAAUGCGCAAAGCAAUCGAGGGCGAGCGAGGAGCGGAGCGAAGCUGACCCAGCAAUCCGGGUCGUCCUACUGCUGCUGCUGCUGCUGCUGCUGCUGGACAAUGCGCUCACACCGCGCUUUAGUACAAGCUGCCGUCUUACUCUCCACCACCACACACCCGUCGGUACAGCGUUUCGGCCCAGCUGCGAAAUCAAACCAGCCAGUAUGUCAUCCUGAUCCGCCAGCUUGGGAGGAGCCGCGGCACUCUUGGUCGCCCACUCCACCCACUGCACUUCAUGAUUCAUCCACCUGCCAAUGCCGCACUCCUAGUCAAUCUCUGGUCUGCACGGCAUGUGAUGAAUUAGCAAGACAGCGACCAAAACCUGGGUACCCGUACACCCCCCAUCCUCAGAUCCAGCGUCGUUGGCCAUACAACCUUCCCGCAGCGAACCACGCCAGCAACCAUCGGUUCCGCACUCGUGGUCUUGUUCGGAACUUGCAAUCCCAGAUGCAUGACACAGGUCGCCACCCACCUACAGGGUCAUCGUACAUUGUCGUCCAGCGAGGUGACUUCUCCCGCUGUUGUACCGUCUGUUUCUGUUUUCAUUCCUCGCACCUAGCCACGGCGUCGCACACUGUGUCUCACGGUAUACACCCAUAUGAGGAUCCCUCUGCUCCAAAACAGGCAGUUGCUUGCUGUGGAUUGUUAUGGCACACUGCCCAAACGGGCCAAAGGGGAAAGCAUGGCGCCGGGGAUCGACACACUGAUCCCGGUUGUCAUCUGCCUACUCUGGCCAUCUCAAGAGCCCCCACCACCAUUCUCAAUUCCUGCGCUCGGAUAUUCACCUUCCAACUUGAUCUCCUGCCUGCAUGCACAAUCAAGAUAUCCGGGUGCUGCGACUACGCCUUUGCGGCUACACAAUCGUAUUUGCACGUACAGACGCACGGCCCUUACCCCGGGCUUUUCUGCUCUGCUAGCCAACAGCCUAGGGGCCCGAAUUGCCGUACCGAAGAAAUACCACGACGGAACAGGUCGUAUGCGAUCCCCAAAAAUCAGCCAGCACAGGCAAAGUUCCACUCGAAUUGGCACUCGGGUGCUGGGGCUUUUGUAUGCCAAGACUCUGUUCGUCUUCGACAACAUUGGGAGCGCUAGUCUGUGUGAGGGUCGUACGCGCCUUCCGUUUUGGUACCACACAAGUCAAUGUU